UGGUGUAUCCAACCAGCUCUCAACUGCAUGAAGUGCAUUGGGUUCCUUUCCCCCUGCGACCGCUGUAGACUUUCGCCCUCCUCACCCUCCCUGCGGAACUUUGUUUUUAUUUCCAGCCCCGGGUGGCCUUUCAAUGCGCGAUCCGAGCUGACCUGGCUUUGCGCGGCCCCACACCGGUCGGGAUCGAUUCUCUGUCGAUCACACGUGCAGCCUGUAUUGACACCCCCCGCCCGGGAAGGAGUCCCCGAGCGACCGCAGGGCGUGGGGCUGGAGACAGCCGCGGGGUGGGGGAUCGGAAGCGGGGCCGGUACCGCUUCGCCCCCUCCCGCGCCCAGGUGGCCGCCCGGAGACAAUGCCGGGCGCGGGAGGCCGGGCGCUUCGCAGCUGGGGUCGGUCGAGCAGCCGCAAUUACCGACGGCAGCGGGGCGGCCCCGCGAGGUCUGCCCGCCGCCCGCGCCUCACUCGCUGCCUCCCCCUCUGCUCCUCCUCCAGGUGACCGAGCCCUGCUCCCCCACCAAGCCCGCGGCCCCCUUCUCGCCCGAGAGCUGGUACCGGAAAGCGUACGAGGAAUCCCGGGCUGGGAGCCGCCCAGCCCCCGAGGGAGCCGGCUCCGUCCUGGGCUCGUCCGGCACCCCGUCCCCCGGAUCGGGCACCUCCUCGCCGGGCUCCUUCAGCGGCUCGCCGGGUCCUGCCUCCCCGGGCAUCGGCAGCAGCUCGCCGGGCUCGCUGGGGGGCUCCCCGGGCUUCGGCACGGGCUCGCCGGGCUCUGGCAGCGGGGGCGGCUCCUCCCCGGGCUCUGGCAGCGGGGGCGGCUCCUCGCCGGGCUCCGGCAGCGGGGUCUGGUGCGAGAACUGCAACGCCCGCCUGGUGGAGCUGAAGAGACAGGCCUUGAAACUGCUCAUCCCCGGGCCCUUCAGCAGCAAGGACCCAGCUUUCUCUUCGGUGAUCCAUGACAAACUCCAAGUUCCCAACACCAUUCGGAAGGCAUGGAACGAGAGGGACAACAGAUGCGAUGUUUGUGCCACCCACCUGAACCAGCUGAAGCAGGAGGCCAUUCAGAUGGUGCUGACACUUGAGCAGGCUGCCAACACCGAACAGUAUGAUGCCUCACCAGGCUCUCCCCCACCCCUCUCCAAUAUUCCCACCUUAGUGGGCUCCCGACAUAUGGGCAGCUUGCAGCCCAGAGACUGGGCAUACAUGCCCACUUCCUACAGUACUGCUAAUUACACCGGCUUUGUGGCCAACAAGCACAGUGGGAAGCCCAACAGCCUGGGGAUCAUCAAUGGGUUGGAGAAGAAAAAUGGUUCCCCUGGACACCAGGCCAAGGUCAGCCUACAAAUGGCUACCAGCCCCAGCAAUGGCAACAUCCUAAACUCUGUAGCUAUCCAGGCUCAUCAGUACCUUGAUGGCACCUGGUCCUUGUCGAGAACAAAUGGGGUCACCCUGUAUCCGUACCAGAUCUCCCAGCUGAUGACAGAGACUAGCCGAGAGGGGCUGACUGAAGCAGUGCUAAACCGCUACAAUGCAGAUAAGCCCUCCUUGUACAGCUUCCCUGGUUCCCAGAGCACCUAUGUCGCCAGUGAAACGUCAACGGGCACCUCAGUGGCGGCCUCUUUUUUUGCCAGAGCAGCUCAAAAGUUGAAUCUGUCGUCCAAAAAGAAGAAACAUAGGCCAUCUACAUCAUCUGCGUCUGAAUCUCCUCUCUUCUCUACCAACUUCAGCAGUAUCCUUCAGACUUCCCCACCCCCCGCACCACCAUGUUUGCUGAGGGCAGUCAACAAAGUGAAAGACACCCCAGGGUUGGGCAAGGUGAAAGUCAUGGUGCGCAUUUGUUCCACCCUUGCCAGGGAUACGUCUGAGUCAAGCUCCUUCUUAAAGGUUGAUCCCCGUAAGAAGCAAAUGACUCUGUAUGACCCAUUGUCCUGUGGAGGCCAGAACACCUUCCAGAAAAGGGGCAAUCAGGUUCCCCCCAAGAUGUUUGCUUUUGAUGCAGUUUUCCCCCAAGAUGCAUCUCAGGCUGAAGUGUGUGCUGGGACUGUGGCUGAGGUGAUCCAGUCAGUGGUGAAUGGGGCAGAUGGCUGCGUAUUCUGCUUUGGCCAUGCCAAACUGGGAAAGUCAUACACCAUGAUUGGAAAAGAUGAUUCCAUGCAGAACCUAGGCAUAAUCCCCUGCGCCAUCUCAUGGCUCUUCAAGCUGAUUAAUGAACGGAAAGAGAAGACAGGGGCCCGCUUCUCAGUCCGGAUCUCUGCAGUGGAAGUGUGGGGGAAAGAAGAAAAUCUGAGGGACUUACUGUCAGAGGUAGCUACAGGCAGCCUGCAGGAUGGUCAGUCCCCCGGUGUCUACCUUUGUGAGGACCCAAUCUGUGGCAUGCAGCUUCAAAACCAGAGUGAGCUCCGUGCCCCCACUGCGGAGAAGGCUGCCUUCUUCCUCGAUGCAGCGAUAGCCUCCCGCCGAAGCAACCAGCGAGACUGUGAUGAGGAGGACCACAGGAACUCGCACAUGCUCUUCACUCUGCACAUCUACCAAUACCGCAUGGAGAAGAGCGGCAAAGGUGGCAUGUCUGGAGGUCGCAGCCGCUUACAUCUCAUUGACCUGGGUAGCUGUGUGAAAGUGCUCAGCAAAAAUCGAGAGGGAGGCUCCGGACUCUGUCUUUCGCUGUCAGCACUUGGCAAUGUCAUCCUUGCCCUCGUCAAUGGCAGCAAACACAUCCCAUACAAAGACAGCAAGCUCACCAUGUUGCUCCGGGAGUCCCUGGGGAACAUGAACUGCCGUACCACUAUGAUAGCUCACAUUUCGGCAGCGGCAGGGAAUUACGCUGAAACACUGUCCACCAUCCAGGUUGCAUCCCGGGUCCUGAGGAUGAAGAAAAAGAAAACUAAGUACACAUCAAGUUCUUCUGGAGGUGAAAGCUCCUGUGAAGAAGGAAGAAUGCGGAGGCCAACCCAGUUGAGACCCUUCCAUUCUAGAAAUGUAGUUGACCCAGACUUCCCUAUUCUGCACCUAUCAAGUGAUCCUGAUUAUUCUUCCAGCAGCGAACAGUCCUGUGACACAGUGAUUUAUGUUGGCCCCAAUGGCACAGCCCUCUCUGAUAAGGAACUGACAGAUAAUGAAGGCCCCCCUGAUUUUGUCCCUAUAGUUCCUGCUCUGCAGAAGACCAAAACUGAGGGCAAACUGGAGGAAGUGAGUGAGACCGACUCCAGCACAUCUGAAAGAGACUGCCUGAAGUGCAACACCUUUGCUGAGCUUCAGGAGAGGUUGGACUGUAUCGAUGGCAGUGAGGAGAGCAACAAAUUUCCAUUUGAAGAGCUGCCUGUUCAGUUUAGCGCAGAUCACAUGUCUAAGUGUCCUAUGCCAAGCCAAGUGGCAGGUCUCAGUCAUUUAUCAGCAUCGGAUAAGGAAGAUGCCACCGCCGACUGUCAGCAACCUGAGAAGGAAGUCAGGGAAAAUAUAAAUGCAACAACCAGCAAAAUUCAGAGAAAUCACUCCCCUGUUCCUUCUGGAGCUCUCACUAAAGUUUCAACUCCUCCUUCUCCUAGGAGUGUAACUGGCAGCUCUAGUAAUCAGCUUAGCUCUUCCCAGUUAGCCCAUAGCGCAAGUCUGCAGAGCAGCAGAGAGAGCCUCAAUACCUGUGGCUUUGUAGAAGGCAAGCCUAGGCCAAUGGGUUCACCGCGGCUUGGCAUUGCGAGCCUCUCCAAAACAUCAGAGUACAAGCCACCAACUUCUCCUUCCCAGAGAUGCAAGGUUUACACCCAGAAAGGGGUAUUGCCCAGCCCUGCACCAUCACCCCUGAGCAAGGACUCUGGAAUGGUGUCUAGCGAAUCUUUGCUGCAGCCAGAGAUCCGGACCCCUCCAGUGGGAAUGAGUCCUCAGAUCUUGAAAAAGUCACUAUCCUCCAGCAGUGGGGAUUUUGGAGAGACUAUUCUCGAUGAAGAGCAGGAACAUAAUAUUUCACCAGAAUCAAAGAAGGAGAUUCUGAGUACCACCAUGGUCACUGUGCAGCAACCAUUAGAGCUGAAUGGAGAGGAUGAGCUGGUGUUCACCCUGGUUGAAGAACUAACUAUUAGUGGGGUCCUUGAGAAUGGACGCCCGACCAGCAUCAUCAGCUUUAACAGUGACUGUUCUGUGCAGGCUUUGGCCUCUGGGUCUAGGCCAGUUAGUAUUAUCAGUAGCAUUAGUGAAGACCUCGAGUGUUACUCCAAUGCAGCUCCUGUUUCUGAGGUCAGCAUCACACAAUUUGUGCCGCUUCCAAAAUUAGGAUUGGAUGACAAAGCCCGGGAUGCCAGCAGCAGACGCUCAUCCAUUAGCUCGUGGCUGAGUGAAAUGAGUACAGGGAGUGAUGGUGAACAAUCAUGCCACAGUUUCAUAGCCCAGGCAUGCUACGGGCAUGGUGAGGCUAUGGCAGAGCCCCCUAUUUCUGAGUUUGCAGGUGCCAUACAGAAUACUAGCAUGAUUUGUGUAAAUGACCAGCAAAAUCCAGUGACUGACAAUUUGCUCAUACUGUCAGAAAUGGGGGAGGAAACUUUCAGUAAAGUCCCACCCCUCAAGGGUUGCAAAAUAUCAGCCCUGGGGAAAACUACUGUCACAAUCUCAAACACAGCAAGCCUAAGCGGCUGUGAAGGCUACAUCCCAAUGAAGACCAACAUUACUGUUUAUCCAUGUAUUGCUGUUAGUCCUUUUAAGGCACAAGAGACUGAUGAGGCCACAUCUGCAGUAACUUCAGCUGCUAAAGUUGCUCAACCCCAUGAGGAGAAAGAGUCUAUUGUUAGGAAGGAUAUCAAAUUUGAAGACCCUUGGCUAAAGAGGGAAGAUGAUAUGAAAAAAGACCGCUCUGGGGCCAGCGAUGGGCCAAGGCUGGAAACUGCAAUUGGCCCAGCCAAGCCUGAGCAGAACAAGAAACAGAACUCAGCUGACAGGUUUAGUAGCAGCAGUGGGGAGACCUCUAGCUCCCCAGGUUCUGACCCGCUGAAGAGGAUUGUGGAUGGGUGUGAGAUGGCACUUCCAAGUUCUGCAACCCAGAGCCCUGUUCAUUCCCUGGAUGCUUUGAAGAAUGGCAGUCCCCCUAGGGUGCUCCAGAAGGUCAGCAAGCAAGAGGAAAUUGAUGCUGUCCUAUAUCACUGUGCUGCUGAGAACAAUGGAAUGAGUUCUCCUUCUCUUUCCCAGUCUUGUAAGGCUUCCCUAGAAAGAAGAAUCGCUUCUCCCAAGCACUGCGUUCUCACUCGCCCCAAAGGAACUCCUCCGCUGCCUCCUGUGAGAAAAUCAAGCCUGGAUCAGAAGAACAGGGCCAGCCCUCAGCAUAGCGCUUGUAGCAGCAGCACGAGCAGUCCAUCCAACCAACCGGUGUCUUUUCCAGCCAGCUUUCCUGAUGAGCUGAAUGGGAAGCAGAAGGGCUCCAGCAUUGACACCAGUAACAAUAGCAGCAGCAAGUUAUUUAGUGCCAAACUUGAACAGCUAGCCAGCAGGACCAAUUCCCUGGGCAGGUCCACAGUGAGCCACUAUGAGUGUUUGUCGUUGGAAAGGGCAGAAAGCCUAUCUUCAGUAAGCUCCAAAAUGAGCCCUGGAAAAGAUACCACCAUGCCUAGGGCUGGGAGGAGCCUCAGCCGCAGUGCGGUGUCCUCACCGACAAACUCAGGCAUAUCCCAGUCUGCGGGUGCCUCACCAAAGGCCAGCCAAUCGAAGAUAUCCGCAGUUAGCAAACUCCUUUUGGCAAGUCCCAAAGCCCGAAGCUUGUCUGCUUCCACCACCAAAACAUUAAGCUUUUCUACCAAGUCUCUGCCUCAGUCUGUGGGGCAGAGUUCAAGUUUGCCUCCCAGUGGGAAGAACAUGUCCUGGUCAACUCAGUCCCUUAGCAGAAACAGAGGCUCUGGUCUUGCUUCAAAACUGCCCCUCAGAGCUGUCAAUGGACGGAUUUCCGAACUGCUCCAAGGGAGCACAAGUGCCAGAGGUUUACAAAUGCGUGGAAACUCGGACACAGAUGAGCGAGGUGGCCUUCAUGGAGAUGAGAAACCAGCUGUUCAUAUGCUGCCUUCACCCUACAGCAAAAUCACCCCUCCGCGGAAGCCUCACCGCUGUAGCAGUGGUCAUGGAAGUGACAACAGCAGUGUCCUGAGUGGGGAGCUGCCACCAGCCAUGGGGAAAACAGCCCUAUUCUACCACAGUGGGGGAAGCAGUGGUUAUGAGAGUAUGAUGAGAGACAGCGAAGCAACAGGGAGUGCUUCUUCAGCGCAAGACUCUAUGAGUGAGAACAGCAGCUCUGUCAGCGGGAGGUGCCGAAGUCUCAAAAAUCAAAAGAAACGCUCAAACACAGGUUCUCAGAGACGAAGACUCAUACCGGCUUUGUCACUCGAUGCAACCUCCCCGGUCAGGAAACCUGCCAACAGCCCAGGGGUCCGUUGGGUAGAUGGCCCACUGCGAAGUGCACAGAGGGGGAUGGGUGAACCCUUUGAGAUCAAAGUCUAUGAGAUAGAUGAUGUGGAGAGACUCCAACGUCGACGAGGGGGGGAUAGCAAGGAGCUGAUAUGCUUCAAUGCCAAGCUGAAAAUCCUGGAGCAUCGCCAGCAGAGGAUUGCUGAGGUCAGGGCCAAGUACGAGUGGUUAAUGAGGGAACUGGAGGUGACCAAACAGUACCUGAUGCUGGAUCCUAAUAAAUGGCUUAGUGAAUUUGACCUGGAGCAGGUAUUCGAGUUGGAUUCCCUGGAGUAUUUGGAGGCCCUGGAGUGCGUGACUGAGCGUCUGGAAAACCGCGUCAACUUCUGCAAGGCCCACCUCAUGAUGAUCACCUGCUUUGACAUCACUUCCAGACGUCGAUAAAGGACCAAGCUUGAGAAAAUUUCAAACUAUUAUCCCCCUCUUCCUGCUCCUUUUAAACAGCACCCCAAAGACAACAGAAUGAGGAUGAAGGUUGGUGUCAAGUUUUGACUGUAUGAGAGAGAAGAGAUUUUCUUUAUAACACUGAAGAUUAGUAUAAAAAAAACAAAUAUGUGAUGAACGCAACAACGUGGAGACGUAAGGAUGCCGAUUUUCCUAGCCUGAAAGAGCACUUUUAAGGACAUGUUUGUAAAUAAGAACUGCUGGCAGAAGUGACUUCUUCCCCUGUGUUAGCUGAGGGAGGGGAAGGGCUGGUUGUAGGACGGACUGCUGUUGAGAGCUUCAUAAAAAGAUAUUACAGAGAAAGACUAUUUAAGUGCCUUGCAAAUCUUUAUUAUCCAAACAUUUAUGUUCAUACUUUCUUGUGUACAUAUGGUGCUAGUCAAAGGAAACAAAAUCAAACAUUUUUGAAAUGUAUUUACAGCUUGUUUUUUCUCUUGGUGUUUUCUCCUAUUUCAGACUUGCUGUUUCUAAGUAACUUGUGUUUGUAGAGAUAUUUCCUAAUCAGUACAACAUAUGAAUAAAUGUUAACUGUCUUUUAUCGUUACUGGAGUAAGGCCACUCAAAGAGAACAUUACCUCUCCCAGAUGGUUCGAAAACUGUUUCUGGCAGUGAGUGAGAUAUCAUUGUAGGACACAAAAUGGAUCAUUCAGAAAUAUUUAUUACCUUAUUACUGGAAUACCCCAAAAUUCUGCAAGCCGCACCCUGGCAAUCCCACACUUCUUAGCAGGUGCCAACAUAAAUGCUACUCUUAACUUGAUUUUAAAAGACAAUAGGAAGUAUCUUACUUCUCCAUGUGCAACUUAAUAGAAUGCCAAGAUUUGCAUACUGGAACAUCUUUUCAAAUACUGGAAUGACAAGAUGUGAGAAGCACAUCCAGCCAUCCUGGAUCUGUGCAUUCGCUGGAUGUUUCAGCGGUAUAACAGAAGAGCAACUCCAUUAAAGUCACAAGAGUUACAGCUCUGGAAAAACUGGUUCAGGAAAAGGAGAAUAAGUCUCCUUGUAACUUCUUCAAGUGCCCACUGACUUACUGCACUGCCAGUGGUAGAAAUGGAGAGGAUUCUUCUUUUCUUUCCUCUCCUCGUGUGACGCAGCUUGAUCCUGCAAGGACUCUCUGGUGAGUCUUGCCUGUAACUCUGAACCCUCUAACUACCAACUAGAAAAAUGCUAGAGGAUUAAGAAGUGCAACUGCAAUAUCAUUUUCCUGUGAAUGAGAGAUGCAUAAAAGGCUCAUAAGGGUCUUUUCUUCCAACUCUCUGCAUGGGACUUAGUGGUGUAUCCAGUGUCUGUCUUUAAUAUUUAUUCCAUAACAUGGUGCAUUCAAAAAUAGCAACUGUAACCCUAAACCUGCAGUCUGAACUCUGUGCCAGUUGAAAGCCAUGGACCACUUGCUACAAAUGGGUCUGAUUUUGUUUUUUUGUGGGUUAAAAGCAACAAUGGAAUACAGAAAUGUGUAUUCACCCAGGCAGCCUGAUACAGAGUCAUGCUGUGAUGGAGCAUGGUAGUAUAAAGGUUUUAUCACCUGGUUGUUCACAAAUGGCAAAGACAUAAGUUAGGAAUAUGUCACUCACCAACAUGCCACAUUUUAUAGAAAACUUUGAUAUGAAACAUUUUAACUGGUCCCAUUUUUUCCCACCUAUUUGUCAACCCAUACAACCAGGCUGCCUUAAUUCCCAUGUGGAGGCCCCUGAGUGACAGAAAUUUUAAAACCUACAAAAAUGACCCAAAAGAGCUUUUUUAUAUGUCAGGGUGUCAUGGCUUUAAGGUCAGAUAUCUUACAACCACCAGUGUUACAAGCACUAGUGUAUAGUCUCUGCUCUCCAGUAAGAUAAAGCUUGUCUGGUGGCUUGUAAAGUAGUAACCUUAAGCCUCUGACUUGAAGCAGAUUGAAUAUAGUAAACAUGAGUCUUUUAAAUCAAUGGUUUAGCAUAGUGUCUUUCAACCUUUCCAGACUAAUGUACCCCCAAGUUUCACCUCACUUAAACUCCUUACUUACACAAUCAGACAUAAAACUACAAAAGUGUCCCAGCACACUAUUACUGAAAAUUUGCUUAUUUCUCAUUUUUACCAUAUAAUUAUAAAAUAAAUCAAUUGGAAUAUAAAUAGUGU